AUGUCUCAGCAGAAUGCACUCAACAGCCAUUCGAGGUCCAUCCCGCCAACUGAGAUUGGUAGCUUUGUAGCUCUCGGCGCGUGCCGGAGCGAAUUCAUUGGCAGCGCGAGUGGAGUCUUCUUUGCCAACACCGUUUUCAAGGCCUUCUCAGAUCUCCCAACAUCCCGGGAAGUCGGCAACAGCAAAGAUCUUCCGAACAGGCUACCUGCCCCAGAGCCAGCACAUAAUUAUCUCGCGGGCUCAGAGACGGAAUCGUCCCAGCAAGAUGGGACACACUCUGGCCAGGUUGCCCAGUCCAGUGGGUUUUCGGUCUUGGGAAUGCUCCCUACACCCCGAAUGUCAAAGGAGCUUACAAUGGCUUAUUUUCGGCACUGGCACCCUGUAUUUCCCUUCCUCCACGGACCCACGUUUCUCGAAGAAGUGAACAAGGCAUACGGCGGUGUGGAAGGCGAGUCCGUUUCCUUCCUGUCCAAAGGGCCUCGUCCACAAGAGGACCUUUGCCGGAUGGUUACUGUCCAGUGUGUCUUUGGCAUUGCAGCAACUACACCUGGGCUUCAGCUUGAGCACGCUUGUCGCAUCCAGUCAACCCAAGGCUUAGUGCAGCUUCUUGGCUCUCUUUACAACAGCCCAGAUAUCCUUAGUCUUCAGGCUCUACUGGCCGCAGAGCUCUAUAUGAUAACCGUCAUGUCCCUUCGAGCCGCAUCCACGGUGCAUGGUGCUCUGACACGGAUGAUGUACCACGCAGGUAUCCACAGGUGUCCCUUCCGUUAUCUGCAACUGCCUGAACCGGUGAGGGGCAUACGGAAACGCAUCUUUUGGUGUGCCUACAUCUUUGACCGACAUCUUGGACAAGCAUUGGGACAUCCCCUCAGCUUUAACGACAUGGAUGUAGACGUUUGCGUGCCCGGUAUGCCAGAGCUGCACCGCCCUGCCUCAUUUAACCAGCCGGCGGAUACCCCCGGGGAUGAUAGCCCUGAGCUGGUCUUGGCCCAUCUUCCCCAAGGCCGGCGACAAGAGCGUGAGCAUCUCACGGGAAUGACCGUUGAAUCGCCGUUUGACGGAUCUCAGGUAGAGCCAGGACUUCGUGAUUCUUCGGAAGCACCGCCAACAUCGGGCGGCGAGAAGCAGGAAACAAUAUUGGGGCUAGUAGCAACUCACGCACAACUUCUCGGGACAAUACUUAAUCUCUUUCAUAAUUCUAUCCACACCCGUUCGGUUGAUCUGGAGAGUGUACAGGAGAUUACGUGCCGCGUCCAUUCCUGGUGGAACCGACUACCUCUUUCCAUUCAAGACAGCCCACUGGAAGGAACAAACGAUCUUACAUCACGCUACCACGUGUUUUUCACCACCUUAUAUAACCACAGCCUCCUUCUUCUCAACCGCCCUUUCCUCUCGCUCCCAAGAGAAAGAAUCGAGUUCAAGUGUAGUCUUCAAGCAGCCAUCAACGCUAGCCACUCGCUUCUUAUCGACGUGAAUCAGCACCUGGAAAAUGGGUUAUUCUUAUCUUGGCCCACGACACUGUCCGCUGUCUGGACCGCUGGCCUUGUGGUAUCCUUCUCCACCCUGCUGGAUCAAUACCCUUUUUCCAAAUCUAAGUGUGAGCUUGAACGGUGCCUUGCCAUCUUAGAUCGAAUGGCAAAGAAAUGGUCUAGCGCGCGUCAAUGUCACGCUGCCCUCAAUCUUCUCUCUCGAAAGCUUAUCACCAAAUACGAGAUGCCAGACAUGCGUCCACCACCACGAAGCCCGCGAAGCCAUAGUAUAGUUACACCAAACAGAAGAAGGGAUCCUAGCGUCUCUUCGACCCCGAGAGUUUCCAAGAGGCAGCGGGUUGAAGACCCAGGAGAACCUGCUCGAGAGGGCCCCUAUCAAAAUGCGCAAUGGGCCGCGAGCCUCUACCCGAGCGAGUCAACUUUUCAAACAUCGCCCAAUUCACUUGCAGUACCGCAAUACAUAGGUCCUGAUUUUGGUUUCGACACAUCACUGCCGGAUGAAUUUGGCGAAGGCCAAGAUUUGAUGCAAGAAAUUCUCAAUCUUGAUUAUAGCACGCUAUUUAGCGGCUCUAUUUGA